AUGACCACCCACCAAACGGAAGAUCACGACCACCCGCAUCCCGGAGCCGCGCCCGAAGACCAACCCAUGAGCGAAGUGGCGCUCCGCUCGGUUGCCAUCGAGGCAUUGCUCGUCGGGAAGGGUCUAAUCAGCGUGGAAGAGAUCGGCCGGCAGGUUGACCUGAUGGACGCCCGCACGCCGGCGGAUGGCGCCCGCGUCGUCGCCCGCGCCUGGACUGAUACCGAGUUCAAGGCCCGCCUGCUGUCCGAUGCGCGCGCGGCUCUUGCGGAGUUGGGGUUCAGCCUGCCGGAGGACACGCCGCACCUGGCCGUGGUCGAAAACACUGACGACCGGCGCCACCUGGUGGUGUGCACACUGUGCUCGUGCUACCCCCGGAUGCUGUUGGGCCGCCCGCCCGACUGGUACAAGAGCCUGGCCUACCGUGCCCGCGCCGUCCGCGACCCCCGGGGUGUCAUGGCCGAUUUUGGCGCCACGCCGCCGGAGGAUGCAGAAGUACGGGUGCUGGACAGUACCGCCGACCUGCGUUACCUGGUGCUACCUCGCCGACCCGCCGGCACCGAUGGCAUGAACGAAGACGAACUGGCCAGCCUGGUAACUCGAGACAGUAUGAUCGGCGUCGCUGACGCUCUUACCCCCCAGCCGGUUCCCGCCGCAGACUGA